AUGUCCGCCGCGGCUCUGUCUUUGACGAGUCUGCGCCCCGAGCCUCCUACGCUCGGUCUGCCGCCCCCUGAUGGCGAAGACAUCAUCCAGCCCAGCAAGGAAUGGGUCCUGCCCGCGCGGGGCAAACCAGGCCGCAAGCCAUCAGCGACGGUGCCGCCGACGAAGCGCAAGGCACAGAAUCGAGCGUCGCAGCGCGCGUUCCGUGAGAGGCGCCAUGCGUACGUGACCGAGCUCGAAGAAAAGGUGGCGCAGUUUGAGGCGCGCGAAAUGCAAGCGAACGUCCAGCUGCAGCGCCUCGCUCAGCAGUAUCGCAAGGAGGCGGACUACCUACGGCAAAGCCAGCAAGAGCUGCUCACGCGAUGCGAACGUCUUGAGCGCGAUCUUUCGACCUGCCAGCGCCGGAUGGCGUCCAUGGCUCGUACGCAUGCCUCGGGCUGUCGUCCCCCUCCGCAUGAACAGAGGCAGGGCGCGGAGCCGCUCGAGAGCAUGCCUCCCGUACCGCUCAAAGCCGUGCAACUUGUGCCGCUUCGGCGCAAGCGCGAGCCAUCGCCUCCCAUGACCUCGCUCAGCGAGGUCGACGAACGCAGUCUGGAUGUGGACUGUGGCUUUUGUACAGAUGAUACCGUAUGUGUGUGCCGGGGCCAGGCGCGACUGGACCUGGAUCCCGUCGAUGCCGGCGCAUCGUGGCCCGCCCCUACGCCCGCGCUACGCAAGACGCGCCUGUGGCACACGACGACCGCACCGCCGCCCGCGGCGCCGAGUGCCACGGCGCCCAGCGUGCGUCUUCCCUCGCGUCCACGCCCGAGGCAGCGGCUAUGGCCUGUCACGAACGAUGUACGAGCACUACGAUGCACGGGCGAUCAGCGCACCUGCCAGGCCUGUCAGUCGGACCCGGCGCUGGCGCAGUUCUGCACGGCCGUAUCGCGGCGAUGUCGACUCCCUGUAUCGAUGCAGCGGGACGACAAGGCCGUGUCGCGGGAGAGCGUGCCGCAUGCCUUCACGCGUCUGCGACGUCACCCCAACUUUUCCGCCUGGCGCGGCGGACUCGAUAUGCUCGCCGACGUCGUGGCGCGCGAUCCUAUGCUGGCGUCGUGUGUCGCCUCGCCGCCCGUGCCGGCCGCACGACAGCGCGUCGAAGCGCAUAGCAUCAUGGUGCGGAGUGACGCCGUGUCAGAGGCGCUGGAUAUGCUCAACAGGCCGGACCGACCACGCGCGUGUCCAUGCCCCUGGGCCCCCUCGCGCAUGCCAUGGCCGCGGCGCUCGUUUACAGCUUCGGUCGGUGAAUGA